AUGCGCACUGACGCAGAGAUCCAGACGCUCAACGCCAGGCGGACGCACCCCGACUUCCGCAAGGAUUUCGCGGGCAGUGUCAACAUCUCACCUUUGGAAGAGCACCGCGCCAAGAAGCGUGCCGAGGACCAGGCCUACCAGGAGAAGCGCAAGGGCGCUGACACGACCAAGCCUGGUCCCUCGAAGAAGCAGAAGGACUGA